CCGCCGCGCGCUCACCCACCGUCGUCGUCGCCGCAGCAGCAGCAGACCUGGCGCCGCCAUGGACCACGAGGACAGCCGACCGGACGCGCCAAUGCUGCAGAACGGCGCCGGCGCGCAGGCUCAGCUGCUGGCGUCGGAGAAGCUGGGCCCCGUCGACGCCGCCGCCGCCCUCGCCCUGCGGCUGCCACCGGCGCCGCCGCACGCGGACGCCGACGGAGACGACGACGCUGGGGGCCGGCGCCGCCCCAGGUGGAGCAGCGCGGGGACGCGCAACCAGCUGCUGGCCGCCUCCGCCUGCCUCCUCCUCACCGCCGGCUGCGGCUUCCCCAUCGGCUUCUCUGCCGUCAUGCUGCCACAGCUGCGACACAACGACUCCGUCAUCCACACCAACGAGGAUAUGGAAUCCUGGAUAGCGAGCGUGCACUCGGCGGCGACUCCGCUGGGGGCGCUGUUCAGCUCGUACCUCUCAGAGAAGGUGGGCAGACGCACCGCGCUGCAGCUCACCGCGCUGCCCUUCCUCGUCGGCUGGCUGCUGCUCGCCUUCGCCCAGAGCUACCCCGUCGUCAUGGUCGGGCGGAUCGUCUGUGGCUUCGCUGUCGGCGUCACCGCUUCACCAUGUCAGGCAUUUUUGGGCGAGCUGUCCGAGGUGCACAUCCGUGGACUGCUGGCGGGCGUGCCGACGCUGAGCUACUCGAUGGGCAUCCUGCUGGUGUACGCUCUGGGCGCCGGGCUGGAGUGGCACGUGGUGGCGGGCACGGGGCCCGUGCUGCCGCUGCUCGCGCUCGUCGCGCUCUGCUUCAUCCCCAGGAGCCCCGUCUGGCUGGUGCGCCAGGGCCGCUUCGACGACGCCAAGAAGGCGCUCGCCUGGUUCCGUGGCUCCACGUCGGCUACCAGCAAGCAGGUGGCUCGCGAGCUGACGGAGCUGAUCGAGCGGGCGCGGUCGGACGACGAGCAGCAGGCCUCACAGACUAAGGGCGGCUGCUGCAAGGUGUUCGUAAUGCCCCAGGUUUACAAGCCUCUACUCAUCGUCAACCUACUGAACAUCAUGCAGAUCGUAUCGGGCACGUUCCUCGUCAUCUUCUACGGCGUCGACAUCGUGGUCAAGUCGGCCAGCUCGACGGGCAGCCAGAUCAAGGGCGAGACGUUCUCGGUGGUGGUGGCGGUGGUGCGCAUGGUCUUCUGCGCUGUGGGCUGCUGCCUGCUCGUCUGGUGGACUCGCCGGCGCAUGGCCAUGGUGUCGGGCGCGCUGUCGUCGCUCGCCGCCCUCGCGCUGGGCGUCGUCUGCCUGCUGAAGGAACACCGGCCCGCCUCCGAGCCCGUGCCGGCGUCGGAGCCGCUGGUGAUCGCGGCGCUACUGCUGCUCUACGUGGCCACCAACACGGCCGGCUUCUUCUUGCUGCCCGUGAUCGCCAUCGGAGAGCUGCUGCCUGCGCGCGUGCGCGGCGUCGCCGGCGGCUACACCUUCUUCAUCUUCAACUCGGGCCUCUUCGUCGCCACCAAAGUCUUCCCCUUCUUAACCGACGUCAUCGGCAUCUCCGGGAUCUUCAUGGCCUUCGGCAUGGCCAGCCUCCUCGGCACCCUCCUCGUGUACCUGAUACUGCCGGAGACGAAAGGCCGCACCCUCAACGAGGUGGAGGACUACUUCGCAGGGGACAACUUCCUCUGGAUCACGAGGCACAAGUACCAGUCGGUGACACCAAUCAGUCCCCUACCUAAGGCCUAAAACGCUCGUACCCGGUUACCAGCAUCUCACCAGAAGCGCGUCUGGACAGUGUU